AUGUUCGAAUCCGAACUGGAGCUGCUUGGCAAUGCGGUUGAGGACGAUGAUGGCAUGAUGGCGACUGCGUUCGAUGGCAUCACUAUUUGCGAACUCGCUACAUUUCCAUCUGAUGCUGAAGAUGUCUUCGGCUCUUUCGUAUCCGAUCGGACACGUCGCAGACGAUUCUUU